AUGUCCUGCCAGCAGAGCCAGCAGCAGUGCCAGCCCCCUCCCAAGUGUCCCACCCCUAAAUGUCCCCCCAAGUGCCUUCCCCAGUGCCCAGCCCCAUGUUCCCCUCCAAUCUCUUCCUGCUGUGGCCCCAGCUCUGGGGGCUGCUGCAGCUCUGGGGGUGGCGGCUGCUGCCUGAGCCACCACAGGCGCCGAAGGUCCCACCGUCGCAGACACCAAAGCUCUGACUGCUGUAGCAGUGGCAGUGGUCAGCAGUCUGGGGGCUCUGGUUGUUGUCAUGGGUCUGGGGAUUCUGGCUGCUGUGCUGGAGACUGCUGCUGA